GGUGGAGAUGAAGAUACCGAUAAUAGUGAUAUCUAGCCUCUCAGUAAUCAGAGGUUAACUAUUUAAACAUGGUUGAGGACACAGAGUGGACAGCUGAGUGUGGGUGCCUGCUAGUGACACGGACAGCCGCCGCCGAACAGUUUUUGGCUAACCUGGGUAGCGACAGCAACUUGGGGCUUGGCAACUCAACCUCAGUAUACACCACGACACGAAGGAGUGAAGAGUUACGUCCUCGUGUUGCACCUCCUCCAAGUAAGAAUGGCUGACUCGGAGACCUACCAGGGUGACCAAGGCAUGGUGCAGCGGCCUGCCUCCCCUGCACCAGCUGAUCUGUGGUCCACCCUCAAGAAGGCGCUCUUCAUCAUUGGUUCCAGCACCAUCGUCUUUGUGGCCCUGCGUAACAGCUUGACCUAUCACCUGCAGCACUUCUGGGGUGCCUCAGGUGACUUCUGGCAGCACCAAUGGGACAAGAUCCUCCACACCUAUGGAGAUGACCCCUUCACCUUCAUGGUCUAUGGUACCACCAUUGUGUCCUAUGUUGUGUACUGGACAGUGGGCCUCCUGUACACUUUUGUGGACAUGACAGGCUACCCGGCCAUCCUCAAGCGCUAUAAGAUACAGCCCGGCACCAAUGAGCCUGUAGAGACCUGGAAGCUAAUCAAGUGCAUCCUGUGGGUGAACUUCAAUCAAAUCUUCAUAGGCAUCCCCUUCAGCAUGGCAUGUUUCUAUUUGCUGCGGCUGCGUGGCUGGAAUGAGUCGCGGCAGCUGCCCACCUUCCACUGGGUCAUCUUUGAACUCAUCAUAUGCAUCCUGAUGGAGGAGAUUGGCUUCUACUACUCACACAGACUGUUCCACCACCGAAUGCUGUACAAACACUUCCACAAGAUGCAUCAUGAGUGGCAGAGUCCCAUCUCCAUCACAGCCAUCUAUGCCCACCCUCUAGAGCAUGCCCUGUCCAACAUGAUGCCUGUCUUCCUGGGACCACUGCUCAUGGGCUCCCACGUGGCUACCAUCUGGCUGUGGGUGUCCUUAGCUCUACUCAGCACACUCAAUGCCCACAGUGGAUACCAUCUGCCCUUCUUCCCAUCCCCUGAGGCUCAUGAUUUCCACCACCUCAAGUUCAACCAGUGCUACGGAGUCUUGGGGGUUCUGGAUCUCCUUCAUGGCACUGAUGACAAGUUCCGAGCCUCCAAGUGCUUCUCCCGUCACUUGAUGAUGCUGUCACUGGUGCCACCCCGCGAGGCCUACCCUGAUGUCCUGCCUAAGGGGAAAGUGAUCCGUGGCAAGCAGUGUUAUGAUCAGCCCUCUGAAGACUCACAGUAAAGGGAAGUGUCUUGUGGGGGGGUAUUUCGGGAGAAAGUAGUGGUAAUGGAGAUGGUGGUGGUGGUGGAAUGGGGAGAAGAGGAAAGUAGUGGUUAAGAACAGGGAAAGGUUUGGUAGAUAAGAGUUGGAAGAUAAAUUAAAGGAUACUCUGGAGAUGAGAUUUUUAUGAUAAUUUAAGGAAGGGAAUUAUUCAGUGGUCAGGGAUAGAAUUAAGUCAUGAAAUGUGAACAAGAGAAUAAUGCAAUUAGGUUAUAGUUCUGAAAUAUACUCAGAAAUGUGAUUUUUAUUUUAAGAUAUUGGAAAGGUUAUUAAUAACCACAUCAAAUCAAGAAAAUGAAAGGAAAUAUUUUACAGAAUGUAAUAAUGUUGCCUCAAAAUGAUCUUGUGUAAAACAGAUUUCUAGUUAUCAAUUGACAACUUGUUAUAUAACAAAAACCAGGUAGGUGUGAAAGAUUUGCAGUGUCUUUUGUGAGAGUAGCUGUCUGAACAUGUUGUUUUCUAGUGCUUGAAGCCUUAAAGUGAGCUGAUUACAAGGAAUAUGAUCAAGUAAGAAGUAGGAAAGAAGUGCAAUGAGUGUUUCUGUGAAGAUGAUUACAAUAUGCAUAGAUUUGAGGAAUUUUUUUGUUAAAACUUAGUUUUGGAAUGAGUUGGUUAUUAGUACCAGUAAGAGGACUUGUAUUUUUUGCUCUAUAAGGUAAAGUUUUUAUCAGUAAGAAAGCCUUCUCUUUGCUCUGUAAGAUUGAAUUAUUGGCUUAUGCAAAAGUUCAUUCAUGUAACAUCUUCAGCCAAUUUACUGAAAGGUGAAGUUGUACUUUGAAAAUUCAUGAAUUGGGGUAAGCAGCCAUUAUCAGAUUAAUUAGCAGCAACUCUUGCCAUAAAGUUAUGUAUCUUGUGUAUGUAACAAGGAAAAAAAUUAUGCUAUGAUCUGGGAAUGUCUACCAGUCUGUCAGCUGCCACUUGGCAUGUUUGAGUUGGCAUUGUGGUUUAAUCCACACUGCAUAGAGCAAACUUUGUGGCAUUUAUAGAUUCUUCCACCACCACUCCAUGCUUGCAUUUAGAAGCUGUAAGGAGGAACUGUACAAUGAUGAUUAAUUUUUCCUUCAGUUGUAGUUCAAAAUUGUUAAGGAAGGAAAUGAUAAUUUGGUGUGGGGGUCAACAUUUGAUGGAGGUUGAGUAAUUUGUGCUUGCAGUGAUUGGCUUCCAUUACAUGCUGCUGCAAGAGUUCUAGUCCACUUUAUCUAGCCAGAGUCGGCUACUGUCAAGGCACAUGCUCUCAUCAGUCAUACAGGGACUCCAGCACAAUUAACUUGUUGAUCUGGGCUUUACUUUACCUAUAUAUCAAAGUUACUUCCUGCAAAUAUCAAGCACAGGGUGUCCUCCUUAAUAAGUUAACUCUUCAUUUAUUUACUACUUACAUUGUGGUUAAUGAGAUUUCUUUUGAAGUUGUGUUCAAUACACAGUUUCUUUCUGAGAACAUAAUCAACCUAGCUCAACUAUGACAUUCUUGGUCAAGCAACAAACAAAAAUUGUAUAAAUCUUUCAAACACAACCUAAAAAGUAGUCAAUAAGUGAAAAGUUUCUGGAACACCCUGUAAUUUAGUCUUUCAAACAAGAUCAUAAGAAAACUCAGUGGUCUCGUUCUGGCAGGUAUAUUUUAUACUCGAUUAUUCAAUUAAUAUGAAUUAUUAUUAUUCAGGUAGUGAUUUUUUUUUUUCUAAAUGUUUUUACAUUUCAGUUUAUUAUACAAAACAAUAUAUCAAGUGUAGUAAUCUUAUUUUAUGUACAUAUUUUAUUUGGUUGAAUGUAUUUGUUUUUGGUUCAGUUAGUAUCGGCUUGAUAUAAAAGAUGGCCGAUGAUGUGCCUACCAUUCCCUUUUUCUCCUUAACUGUCAUGUAGUGCUGCUGUGAUGUUAUUACCACCAUGCUUCCCAUAAUCUGUUUUCCCCAGGUGUUGGAGAAUGUCUUCCAAGCCUUGACCCCAUUACAGUUCACAGGUCAAAUCAUUGAUGUUUUGUGUGUUUGGAAUUCAAUGUUAAUCAAAUUGUUUUUCAGUCAGAGUUGAUAGAGCACUAGUGGGGUUCAUAUUAUGGAGACCUCUAAGGAAUGGAAAGAAAACAGUAUUGGGUUGUGCUCCACAAAUCUUUCUUAACUGAAGAUAUCCUGAUUAUUCAUAAAGCUGUAUUGUAUUUUUCUCUGCACUGCCUAGCAUUGCACUGCAGACCUCAUGUCUUUGUAACUCGUUGGCUGUCGUGUCCAAUACUCACAGGCAGCUUGAGUAAGAGCCUCUUGGCAGGAUUUAUUUUUAAGAUGUAAGCAAUGAAUUGCCAUAGACACUUUUACUGGAACAUCUUGUGAAGCUACAUGGGUGGAGUGAGGUUGGCGCAUUCCAGACUAUGAUCUAGUGACCUGAACUGAGCAGUCUGAGCCAAAGUCAGUCUGUGAACAGUGCUGAUAUGCUACUGCCAUGUGAUCAUAUAUCUGUUAAUGGUAUUAAUUUAUUUGUAGUCUCACACCUACAGGCUUUAGUCAUUGCGAUGAAGAUGAAUUUCAGUGGUCUUUAGGAAUAUGAUUGUUGGACUAAAAUUAACAUACAAUAUUUCUUUGAUAGAUUUCACUUCUGCAAUUAUACUGUUCUUUAUUUUCUAAAUAAGAUAGGAUGUAAUAAUUGCAAAAGCCAUGUAAAAUACAGGGUGUAACACUAGUUUCUGGUGAUACCACUGAAAGUACAAGUUAUCAUGAAUAGGAAAUGUUCAAUUGACAUGCAUUUUGAGGCUUUGUUUAGCCAUAUGUGUAAUGUUUAUCAGUAAAUCACCUGUACUACUUGUCUCAUUACACAGCAUACUGUAAUGCACAAAAACUUGAAGAAAUGAUAAUGUGUUGACACGGAUUGUUCAGUGGUCAUGUGAGUUAUGCAGUCAUCAUUUCUACAGGUUUUGGGACAUUACAGUAUUCUAUCUCAUGUUACAUCCUGUACAGCAAUUACAGUAUUCAAUCUCGUGUUACAUCCUGUACAGCAAUUAUGAGAUAAAAUCAUUAAGCUGUGGAAGUAUAGUAAUAGCCAUUGUUUGUUCUGUUUGUAUAACUUGGCAAAAGUUCAGGACCAGGUUUGAUUCUCCAGGUGCUUCUUCAGUGGAUUAGUAAGUUCAGUACCAAUGUGCAGGGUGUCAAGCAAGCUAUGCACUUCUCACCAGGCCUGCUCGGUGAGCAUAGUUGUCUACAAGUCCUGGUUCACACAGCACGCUGGCACCAUAAUUUACCGUAUUCCCCUUAAGAAGUAACUGGUCAAACUAGUCUGGAAUACACUCACCUUUUACAUCCAUUUUGUUUCACCUCUACGAAACACUUGACAGUAGACCAAGAAACCAAUACACUCACCUUUUUAUACCCACACUUCCUCUAACUUCCACAAUACACUUAACAUUUAGCAGACCAAGGAACUAAAUUACACAGUACAUUACACACUGCACAAUAUCUUAUGACACUUCAUUGUUUGCUAAUGUGGCUAAAAUGAAAGAGUACAUUCAUUUGAGAUAACCAUUCAGUUCAUGAGCUGCCUUAAGGAAGUAGGUCAGUUUGAGAAAUACUGAUGAGUUGGCAGGGUCCACUACAAGUUGAGCAUUGGUCAUGGGAGUUCAGAGAGGAAGGGAAUUGUGAUCUACUGUAGAAACAGUCUGGGCAUCCCUGAAAGACAAAUAGGAUUUGUCUUUACUGAUUUCAUACUUGCAGUAAAGUCUGAUGUCAAGACCACUGGAAGCUUUAAUUAAGACUGUAACAACCUUUUCGAGCACCCAAACAACCUUUUUAGUUUCAGUGUAUCACAAUUACCCUCCUCCCCUGAACCACACACAGUAACAAUAAUGUUUGUUUUGUCCUGGAUACUACAAACUGUUUUUAGCCAUUUCUCUAAUUGUAUGACCUGCUUCCUUGAGGCUCAUGAUCUGUGCAAAUAAUUACAAAUAUUAUUAUUCCAUUUAAGCAACAAUAGUAUCAAACAAUGAAUUAUUCCUAGAUAUUGAUUGUGCAAUGAUAUAUAUAGGUUGUAUAGUGAAAUGUGAGAAGUCCAUUCAGGCCUUGGUGAUUAGUUAGUUGUCUUGGCUUGAUCUAUAAGGCAUCUAGUUUUGAUAUCUGCUCAUGUCCUGCUAAAGGUAUGCUCCCUAGUAAGUACCUCACUAGCAAGAUUUACAGGUAUAUUUCUGUUUCAGUGAAAUUUAGGAAAAUUGAUCUGAAUAUAGAAAAACUAGCAUGAGGUAUUAUUCCAUGGGAAUCUGGUCUCAGGCAGAACACAACAGAUGAGUCUGACACCUCACUGAUCAGGCCAAAAUGAUUACUGAUGUUUGUGUGGAUUUGUCACCUUUCUUUGACUAUACUUUCACUACCUAAGGAUGACCAAGAAAAGUCAUAAUACUCAGACACAACAUUUCUUGGUCAUCCUUAGGUGGUGAAAGUACAGUCAAAGGUGACAAAUCAACACAGACAUCAGUAAUAAUUUUGGCCUGAUCAGUGAAGGUGUCAGACUCAUCUAUUAUGUCCUGCCUGAGACCAGAUUCCCAUGGAAUAAUACCUCAUGCUAAUUCUUUUUUAUAUUCAGAUGAAUUUCCUGAAUUUCAUUGAAACAGAAAUAUACCUGCAAAUCUUGCUAGUGAGGUAUUUACUAGGAUCAUUCCUUAGGCAAGACAUGAACAGAUAUCAAAAUUAGAUGCCUUAUGGAUCAAGCCAAGACAACCAACCACCAAGGCCUGAGUGAAUUUGUUACAUUUCAUUAUCCUUUCACUACUACACUUGAAGCAUCAAUGCCACUGUAGCCAGUUUAUCUCCUCCAUCAUCACUCUGUACAUGUACAUACAUAACUUAACUACCUAGCACUGAUAGUUGCACUUCAUUAUUAUAAAACUAUAUUACAAAUUAAUAAAAAUAUUUACACAUA